GCAGCUGUUUUCUGCAGCAGAGGGGAGAUCAACAGGUGGAGGAAAUGAAGUUUUUAAAGAAGACCAGACUAUGAAUGUGCUGUCAAACCCAGGGAUCAGGGGGCAGGAGCAGUCUCUCCCUCUCUGUGGCCCCCGGUCGGUCCAGGACUUACCCCACUGCCCCCCAGGGUUCAGCCUGAGCUCCCGCCUGAAUCCUGCCCCAAUGCUCGGCCUCCAGAGCGGACAGAGACCGCCCAAGCCUCAGAGGGAGCUGAGCCAGGAGGAGCAGCAGGACCUCAGGAGGAAGAUCAACAGCAGGGAGAGGAAACGCAUGCAGGACUUGAACGUCGCCAUGGAUUCUCUGAGGGAGGUCAUGGUGCCGUAUGCCUCCUCUCCAUCCUCUGCCUCCCCCCCUCACUCCCACCAGGCCGGGGCCCCUCCAGGCCGCAGGCUCUCCAAGAUCUCCACCCUGGUUCUGGCCAGGAACUACAUCCUCCUCCUGGGGUCGUCUCUGCAGGAGAUGCGGCGGCUGCUGGGGGAGGUGAGUGUGGGGAUGGGGGUGAACACAGGACCGGUCCCCCGGCUGCUGCUCGCUGGAGGGUGGCCCCUCAUCUCUGGCCCCAGUCAGCUCCUCCUUACCCAGGAGUCCCUCCUCACGUCAGCAGCCUCGUCCUCUUCCUCCUCGUUGGCAUCUGCUGCUAAAUGUCCCCUGAUGUCCCCAGGCCACAUGGAGGCCUCGCUGGCCCCUGUGCACUGGAGCUCUGCGGGGGCCUCCGGAGGGCCCCUGUGCCCCUGUGGAGUCUGCAGACUACCCAGAUUUAACCACUCCAAUCCGGUCCCAAGAUUUCCAAAGUGACACUUCGGGGUUGAAGUUACUAAAUGGACUUGAUGACUGUUACCAGAGUGCCACGCUUUUUUAUAUGAAUUGUUAUUUCUAACAUUUAGAAGAUGUCUGUAAUAAUUGACUGCAAUAACUCACUUUUUAAACCUGAUGGAUCCAUUCUGUAUUUGGAAGCCAGUGUCUUUUUAUGUAUAAGUAUGUUUAUAAGUAAAUGUAAUAAUGCCCGUUUUGUUUCAAUUAUAUAUUUUUAAAUACUUUUUGGGGAAGCAGAGAAACAACUUGCUACUUCUAUGCUUAUUAUUGGAAACGUGAGCUGUCAUGACUGAGUGUUUGUUGCGUUUGAUUAAAGUGAUUUGCCUUUUUUGUUGGAAAACGGUCACAAAAAUAGGGGCCUAGAACUAGAGGGGUCCCAAAUCAAUACAUUUUAUGAAAUAAAAAGUAUGACGUAUAACAGCAGUGAAAACACAUUGUUGAUUUCAGAUGAGAGAUAUUUGUGUCUUAUCUCUCUG